UAACGAGAUAUACCCGAUGGCAUUCGUGUGUACUUAACAUAAUCUUAUUCCUGUUUCAACAGAAUGACACAAACAUCUUAGCAUGGCAUGAUUGAAAUCUUCUUCUUUCGUAUGAUCGUAUCUUCGAUGUAUGUGGCUGAUAGCUCGUUCAACAAUGGUGAGAGACUUAGGAGGUGCAGAGCGCUUGCAAAUCGUUCUAAUACUGCGCGUGACAGCGAUCUUGUGGCUUGCGCCAUGUUUCGCAAUUCCAGUCGCAUGUCGACACUCCUAGUGUACUGUGCUUGCAACAUAGCAUCCGUAUAUACAAUCCGUAGCACAUGUACAUACAGCCCGAAGUGACGGUCAAUGCCGCUCGAACGCUCGA